UGUUUAAAUCUAAUCGUCUUGAUAUAGUACCACUUCACAGCCGUGAAUAAGUACCUUCAGUAAUCAGUUGACUCACACGAUUUAAGCAAGCCACCCGAGGUACCAGGUUUUUGCAAGUGACUUUGAUCAUACUCUCUGAGUCAACCGCAAAGGCUUAUUAGUAGUGAGACCCCGACAUGCCAACAUUUCGUCGGGUAUUGGAGCAACGUCAUGGGGAUCCAUCGACCAUUAGCCAAUUCAAUAAUUGCGGCGAAGUGGUCGGACGUUCCCACUUUGGGACGUCUUCACGUUUCAGUUUACCGGACUCAGCCCAGUUUUGUUGGGCGAAAACCGAGCCAGCAUACGAUCCGCAGUCACUUACUUCUAGGUUUUCCAUAUUAACAUCAUUCUUAUUAGUUAGGUCACUUAAGUUAGGUGUUGCGGACUACGUAAUAUUUCACCGAACAAAAGAACCGAUAACCAGCGGAAUCGAUCUCCCCGCACGCCACUUUGCGCUUACCUCAGCAAGCUCAGGCUAUUUGUGGUCGUGCCAAGGCACCGGAGUGGGACUAUACCUAAUCGGGUCUGAUGGUUAUGGGGAGCGCCCUGCCACGCGUGCCAAACGACUCGCCGAGGCCGUCUACGGUCAGGCAGAGGUCUUAGAUGCACUGCGAGAACAUCCCGCGUCUGGUGCGGCAGGAAUUGUCACUAUAAAGGACCUGAGGAAGGAAAUGAAGGAACUGGAAGAAGCCGGAGAUAUGUUUAGUGCCUACCAAGUCGACCGUGUCCAAGAGAAGACUUCACCUGCCGGCGUAGGGAGGGAGAAACAGUCAGAGGGUCAGAAGGUCGAGGACUACGAGCGCAUACUGGGCAACAUGCAGUUUGGGCAGAU